AUGGAAACCUCCAUCCCAUCCACUAUCAAAACCCGCUUCCUCAUCCUCUCCGAUACCCACGGCCACGAGCUCCCCGACGAGUGCUACCAGCACCACGCCGACGUAGUGAUCCACUGCGGCGACCUGACCGACUGCUCGUAUCUGACCGAGUUCCAAACCACGAUCCAGCUCCUCCAGGAACUCCACGCGCCCCUCAAGCUGGUCAUCCCCGGCAACCACGACUUCACCCUGGACACCGCGACCUUCCAGCAAAAAGUCCAGACCAGCGGCCUCGACAGCAACGAACAGGACCGCCGCCUCGUGCGGCAAGUCUACGGAGACUACGAGGAAGUCCGAACCAGACUCUUCACCGACGACCUCCAGCAACGCAGCGGAAUUACCCUGCUCGACGAGGGCAUCCACGUCUUCACCCUGGCCAACGGCGCGCGGCUCACCGUCUACGCCAGCCCGUACACUCCCUCGUUCGGCGGCGACUGGGGCUUCCAGUACCACCCGGCCACGGGCCAUGAUUUUCACCUGGACAGCAGCAGCAGCAGCAGCGGCAAUCAGAUCGACGUGGUCAUCACUCACGGCCCACCGCGCGGCAUCAUGGAUUAUACCACCAGUCGGGAUACGCAUUCGGGGCGCGGCCGGCGCGCCGGCUGCCCCGGUCUGUUCGCGGCCAUCGCCCGCGCCAGACCCCGGGUGCACUGCUUCGGCCACAUCCAUGAAGGGUGGGGGGCGAUGAUCGCGCACUGGCGGCGAGAAGGUACCCCGCGAAACGAGCCAUCGCACUUCACGGCCAUCGACCACGGCCGAUCGACCAUCCUCGGUAAGCGGGCGCGGCUGGAGCAACAUCCGGGGACGAUGGCCCCCCCAGCCCCGGCAGUCAUGGAAACAAGCCAUUGCGCGGGGGACCCGAUCCCGUUGAACCCCGGGGAGCAGACCUUGUUCGUGAAUGCCGCGGUGGAAGGCUGCAGCGAGGAUCUUCCAACGCACCCGUUAUGGCAGAUCGAUAUUGAGCUGACGCGCGCGGCUGCCUCUUGA